CCAUAUAUAGCAAGUGUGAUUGGAUUUAUAUACCUCUCUUCUCUUGGGUGUGUCAUAUACAUAGGGUGGUGGAGCUCGAUCGAGAGUCUAGCUAGCUUGGUUUGUUUAAUUUUCUGCAUAAGCAAUAUUAUAACUCUCUGUCUGCCUCAAAUUCUACCUUGGCUUUGAGAGCUGGCUAGCUGAGAAAUUAGCUUGGUGUGGGAAUUCAGAGAGAAAGAUCGAGUACAUAAUGGGGAGGCAACCGUGUUGUGAUAAGGUUGGGUUGAAGAAGGGACCUUGGACAGCUGAAGAGGACAAGAAGCUCAUAAACUUCAUCCUCACCAAUGGCCAAUGCUGUUGGAGAGCUGUGCCUAAGCUUGCAGGAUUGUUAAGGUGUGGGAAAAGCUGCAGGCUGAGAUGGACCAACUAUCUGAGGCCAGACUUGAAGAGAGGUCUAUUAUCUGACAAUGAAGAGAAAAUGGUCAUUGAUCUUCAUGCCCAACUUGGAAACAGAUGGUCUAAGAUUGCUUCUCAUCUCCCUGGAAGAACUGACAAUGAGAUCAAAAAUCACUGGAAUACCCACAUCAAGAAGAAACUGAAAAAAAUGGGGAUUGAUCCUCUCACUCACAAACCACUUUCCAAUGGCAAUGAGGUUGAUAACCAACCGCAAAAGAAGCAACAAAUACAAAAUGAUCAAGAGCAACAGCAACAAGAAGAAGAACAAUCUUGCACAGCUACUGAUGACACAUUUGAAAUUGACCAAAUCAAUGAGGAGGCCAAGGAGGAAGACAAAAUUGAAUUUGUGACGAUGGAUCAUGAGCUCUUGAAUGGGUUCUGCAUAGAUGAAGUUCCACUAAUUGAGCCUCAUGAGAUUCAUCUUGUUCCUGAUUGUGAUCCUUCUUCAUCAACUUCAUCUUCUUCAUCUAGUUCAAAUUCAUCUUCCAACUUUCUUGAAGACUUGCAAUAUCUACCAGAUUUUGAGUGGCCAAAUUCUGAUUACAGCAACAACAACAACAACAUCAUUAUCGACAAUGACACCAUGAGUUUGUGGGAUGAUGACUUCAGCAGUUGGGGCCAAGAAUCUUGGGCAUUCGGGGUUUUGUAA